UCAGUGGGCGGUGUUCUGGUGAAGGAUGCCUUGGCCUGGUAGAGCAGUGUGCUGCUGGGGUUUUUUUCAGAAUCAGAAUCAGAAAUAGUUUUAUUGCCGGGUAUGAUCAUACACAUACUAGGAAUUUGUUGUGAAGUUGGCGCAGACACGUCUAUUAAAAAUGAAAAUAGAAAAUAUAGCAGCAUAAAUAUAGAGACACAAUCUGUUUUUUUGUUAGUUUUUUCCUGAAGCACAGUCUGAUUAUUUUUCUGAGAAAGUCCAAAGAGCGCUAAAGGAACGCAUGGAGUUGUGCGUCAAUGUGGCAGGAUGAGGCAGAGACGGAGUGUGAAUACGGGCCGUGGUAUCGGUCAUGUCGACAUUUCGGUAUCGUUUCCGCCCAUUGCUAGUGGCUGCGCAUGCGCUCAACAACAACAACGUUGGAGAAGAUGGCGGCGCCCGUCGAUCUGGAGCUGAAGAAGGUAAGCCCAGAAAGACAAGAUUCUAAAGAGAUGAAGAAAUACACCUGAUAGAAAAUACAGACCUAUAUCGUUUAGCUACCGCUCGCGUCCCACCUUUAGAAAGGUGAAACGUCGGCAGGGGUGCGCAUUAACCAGCCAGGCAGUGAUUCGUGGUUGGUUUUGUGCAAGCCGGACCAAGUAAAAAGCCGAAGACCUACCACCACCAUACGGAGUGAGUAGGGGGGGGCUUCUUUUUCGCAAUGUCAUUUUCGAAGUGCGUUUGCCUCAUCUGUCAGUCUACAAUUGCUUUACCGAAGAAGGGAAACGCGGAGCGCCAUUUUCCGACUGUUCCUAAAACUAUGACGCCGAGUUCCCUCCGAAAAGGUGCAGGAACUCAAAUCCCAGCAGUCAUUUUCACACAGCGAACAUCACGAUGCAUCCCAAAGAGAAAGAAGAAUUCCGUGUGGCUCUACGUUUCAGGUUUAGUGAUCAAUCGUGUACCGCUUUUAUUGUGAAGGCAGGAAGUGUGUUGUGUGUUGAGCGAGGACGCUUUAAUCGAAGAGCGGCCACUUGCUAGUAGGCUUUGUGUGGGUUUGGCCGCCAUGAUGGUGAGCAGAAACAUCUUAGCCACGCCAGACAGACGAGCUAGCGGCCCAAUAGUUGGAGGAAGUGACCAACAUGAAAAAUGUCUGCAGGCCUUCUCUGAGCUGCAGGUGAAGAUGAUCGACACGCAGCAGAAGGUCAAGCUGGCCGACCUUCAGAUUGAGCAGCUGACACGGGUUCAGAAACACGCCAACCUGACGCACACGGAGAUCAAGACGCUGCCCGACAACACGCCGCUGUACGAAGGUGUCGGACGCAUGUUCAUCCUGCAGUCCAAGGAGGACAUCGCUCGUCAGCUGAAGGACAAACAGAAAAGUGCCGAGGAGAAAAUCAAAGAGCUGGAGAAGAAGGUGUACCUUGAACGCAGCGUGAAGGAGGCAGAGGACAACAUUCGAGAGAUGUUGCUUUCCAGAAGAGCCCAGUGAUGGACGCUGAGUUCUAGUCCUGCUUGAUACCUUUCUAAUUAAAGCACCCACAAUCACAGGAAAGACUUUUAUUUUGAAAGAUGGAUGACAUCAUGUGUUGUUGGGCUUGUUGACAAAGUUGAUGGAGUAAGAGCCCGUGUUGACGUCCUGGUUCACCUGGAAGUUGUUGGUUGAAAGGCCAAAGGGUCUCAGGACUAAGUUCCCGAGGUCCUUUAAUUUAUCUGCAAAGGUCAGAGGUCAUCCAUUAAAAAACACUUUUCAUUGGA